UUCAACUGCAGUGCACCACAGACAGACAACAGAGACACCAAUGGAGACGCAUAUCAGAGCAACUACUCAACUACUAGUCACUGAAGUUAGAAUCAUACAGUAGAUAUUACCAUUAGGAGUCAGGUAGAAAGGUAAUCAUUAGUAAGUAAAUACUGUUAGUACAAGUAACUUAGAAUCAUAGAUAUUACAAUAGAGGCCAGUCAGACUGAAUUAGUUGAUUCAUUGAUUGAUUGGUUUAAUCAUUGAUAUCCGGUACUGUUAGUUAAGAUGGCCGACUACGUCAACAAACAGGUGAUUGAAUUGAAUGAAGUUUCUGAAGAAAACCGGAACAGAUUAACGAGGAGCGUGAAGACUGAGAACCAUCGCUCAGAUGGAAGACUAAGACUCUACAGGCUGGCUGCUGGGUGUUUAGGAGUGCUGUGUGUUCUACAAGUCACUCUCAACAUCUCCCUGAGACUGGCUUUCGCAGGCUCUAACGAAGAGAGGAACCAGUUAGAGGCCUGUUACAACACCCUGGCUACAGAAAGGGACAGGUUGAGUGGCAUGGUCAGUGUUCUGACCUAUGAUAAGGUGAUUCUGCAGAAGAGGCUCUCUGGGUGUGGUACUGGAAGAGGGGUGGAAGGGAGAUACAUGGCAGUUCCAACGAGGUGGUCUAUGUUGAGGUGUCCUAAAGGAUGGAGGAUGUUGGGAUCCAGCUGCUACUUCCUUUCUACUGGGAUGAAAACCUGGCAGGAGAGCAGACUGGACUGUUUUGAGAGAGGAGCAGACCUGGUGAUCAUAAACAGUGAAGAGGAAAAGAAGUUGUUGUACCAGCUGGAUGGUGAUGCAGAUCUCCUGGUCUGGAUUGGUCUGACUGACUCCGUUAAUGAGGGGACCUGGAAAUGGGUGGACGGCACACCACUGACCACAUCGUACUGGAAGAGUGGUACGCCGGACUAUGGUGGUACCAACAACAAGGAUUGUGUCGCGGUCUACCAUCGGGACAACGUUUUGGCCAACUGGAACGAUGCACCAUGCAACCGCAUGCUGCACUGGAUCUGUGAGAAAUUACAGAAAUAGCUCAAAUAGCACAACGUUUAGGGUCACUUAGAAAUGUCCUUGUUUUUGAUAGAAAAUAAAAUGUUUUGUCUAUUAAAAUGAAAUAAAAUUGAUCAGUAAUACAGUGUAGACAUUGUGUUGUAAAUGACUACUGUAGCUGGAAACGGCAGAUUUCUUAUGGAAUAUUUAUAGUCGUGGCCAAAAGUUUUGAGUAUGACACAAAUAUUAAUUUUCAUCAAGUUUGCUGCUUCAGUGUCUUUAGAUAUUUUUGUCAGAUGUUACUAGACCACAAGUUCUCAAUGGGAUUAAGGUCUGGGGAGUUUCCUGGCCAUGGACCCAAAAUAUUGAUGUUUUGUUCCUCGAGCCACUUUGUUAUCACUUUUGCCUUAUGGCAAGGUGCUCCAUCAUGCUGGAAAAGGCAUUGUUCGUCACCAAUCUGUUCCUGGAUGGUUGGGAGAAGUUGCUCUCGGAGGAUGUGUUGGUAACAUUCUUUAUUCAUGGCUGGGUUCUUAUGCAAAAUUGUGAGUGAACUCACUCCCUUGGCUGAGAAGCAACCCCACACAUGAAUGGUGUCAGGAUGCUUUACUGUUGGCAUGACACAGGACUGAUGGUAGGGCUCACCUUGUCUUCUCCGGACAAGCUUUUUUCCAGAUGACCCAAACUAUAGGAAGUCCAGCAAACCCGGAGUCACCUCUUCACUGUUGACAUUGAGACUGGUGUUUUGCGGGUACUAUUUAAUGAAGCUGCCAGUUGAGGACUUGUGUGGUGUCUGUUUCUCAAACUAGACACUCUAAUGUACUUGUCCUCUUGCUCAGUUUUGCACCGGGGCCUCCCACUCCUCAUUCUAUUCUAGUUAGAACCAGUUUGUCCUGUUCUGUGCUUUUCUUUCAAAAACAAUUACAUUUCUAAAUGACACCAAACUUUUGAACGGUAGUGUACAUAUAGGUCAAAUACACAUCUUGUUUAAAUGUGUUUAUUAUUUCAUUACCUACAAAUGUUUGAUGUACAUUAACAUUUUCCUUAAGAUUGUGAAAUUAACUGUGAGCACAUUUACAUGGUACCUGACAUUAUCUUUCUUGCUUUCACCUUUAGAAUCAGUCACAAUACUGUAUCAGUUUCAGCUUUGUCCUUUUCCCUCUAAACAGUUUAUUAAUUAAGUAUUACUUCUAUGAAAUUAUGAAAUGGAAUGAAAUGGCAUUGCUUCUAUGAAAUAAAAAAUAUGAGGAUA